AUGAGCGCACAGCUCCUGACGUCUUUAGUUGCGACAUUUGGGGCUUACGGGCUUUACAAGCUAAUCACUUUCUUCUACGGAGAAUGGACAUCCCCAAUCAGGAUCUUGCCAGGCCCGCCUAGUCCCAGUUGGUUCUACGGGAACCUCAAAGAGAUCUGGCAGUCGGAGAAAUCCGCUGUUCACGAGAAAUGGGUGAAAGAGCAUGGCCCGACCAUAACCUAUAAAGCUCUCUUUGGUAAACCGGAGCCUUCGCGAUAUAGCUUAUCCCGUAUCUUGGGAACAGGCGUUCUAGUAGUUGAGGGGGAGCAACACAAGCAGCAGCGACGUGUCAUGAAUCCAGCAUUCGGAGCUCUUCAAGUCCGGGAGUUGACCGAGAUAUUUGUUGACAAAUCUCUUCGCGAUAUCUGGAUGAACGAAAUCUCUAAGGAAGGCGACAAGGCGAAGGUCGAUGCAUUGUCGUGGCUCAGCAGGCUGACGCUUGAUGUCAUUGGGCUCGCUGGCUUCAGCUAUCAAUUUAACGCGCUUUCCAAUGACCCGGAGAAGAACGAACUCAAUCGUGCCUUCGCAAAGAUCUUCAAUACGAACAGCCAGGUCUCCCUUUCUGUGAUUGUCCCGCGACUAAUCCCAGCGCUCAGAUGGAUCCCCGUCGAGAAUGACGCGGAAACGCGACAGGCCCGUCAAACCAUGGAUCGUAUCGGACGGGAAUUACUGGACAGUAGCAAAGCUAAGCUAGCGAAGAGCGGAACAGUGGAGAAGGACUCCCUCAGAAGCAAGGAUCUACUAACAUUGCUUCUGCGAGCGAACAUGGCCACUGACCUACCUGAGCAUCAAAGGAUGAGCGACGAGGAUGUUUUAGCUCAGGUACCAACCUUCCUGGUUGCGGGGCACGAGACAACGAGCACGGCAACGACUUGGGCACUCUUUGCACUAUGCGAUAAGCUAGAGCUCCAACAGAAGCUUCGCGAAGAGCUACUCACAGUUUCAACAGACAAUCCGACCAUGGACGAACUGAACGCCUUGCCCUAUCUCGACGCGGUAGUGCGAGAAACUCUUCGUCUCCAUCCUCCGGUGGUCGCGACUAUGCGAGCGGCUAUUGCUGAUGAUGUCAUUCCUCUGGGUGUGCCAUUCACCGAUCGAAAUGGCAAGGUUCAUGAUUCAAUUCAAAUUCGAGAGGGGCAGACAAUAUUAAUCCCCAUUGCGAUGGUCAAUCGCAUUGAAUCUUUAUGGGGACCUGAUGCCCAUGAAUACCGACCUGAACGCUGGCUAGGGAAACUCCCCGAUGCGGUAUCCGGGAUCCCAAACAUCUGGGGGAACACGCUGUCGUUCCUUGCUGGGCCUCGAGCAUGUAUCGGAUACCGAUUCUCGCUGGUCGAAACGAAGGCCAUCCUAUUCACCCUCCUUCGAGCAUUCGAGUUUGAACUAGCUGUUCCUGUCGAAGAUAUUGGACAGAAGGCAACCAUUGUUCAGCGACCAAUCCUCAGGUCGGAUCCCAAGGCUGGUAACCAACUUCCUCUAUACAUUAGGCCGGUUCAACGCACCUGA